UCCAGAGUCCUCCUCCUUAAUCAGUCGAGCUGGAAUGGAAAUUUGAGUCAUAUUCCCAACAGCAUUACCACCCCGAUCUCCUUCCUAGCGCUCGUAGCGUCAAGGAGAAAGAUACGAUCCCACUUACUCCCUCGACCUAUCACUGCCCCCGUCCUCAUGCCCUGCAUAGCGCAUCCAUUUAUAUUAAAGAUAAUACGACACCCAUCAUCAACUAGUUGGCCCACGGACACCAAAUUCGGAAGAAGUUUAGGAACAUAAUAAGCAUCACGAAGCAUCAACAGUCUACAUCUCAUAGAACACAUACCAAAAACAGAUAACUGUGAGCCAUCAGCCACCUGCAGAUUAACACCAACACUUGGCCGAAUAGACAGAAAAUUUCAUCUAUCACUAGUCAUAUGGUUCACAGCAGUAGAAUCAAGAUGCCACUAAGUGAGAGACGAGUAAACUGUACCAUUCGCGAAAGCAACCGGGAGAGCAGAUGGGAGAGUUUCCUACAACGCCUCUUGAACUAAAUGCCUAAUCUCCUCAAGGGACUGAUAACACUAUAUUUGUGUUAGUUGCUCUCAUGGCCUAUUUUACGCUAGGUUGUGUUAGUUUAUGAUGUUUUUAAGUCCUAGUACGUGAAUGGGUGCGAAGGAGCGAGUUUCGGGACGUUUUGGAUAGAACAGACAGAAAGCAGGGGAAAGUUACGACCAGACCUCGAAUGUUACGGUCUGGACCGUAACUUCCCCAAGGCACCCGUAACUCUGAAGGGGAGGCGCCAAGGAUCCUGAUGCUAUAUGAAAGUUAUGCCUAGACCCUUGAAGUUAUGGCAUGGGCCGUAAUUUCCUCCCCAUGCCCAUAAAUCUGAGGAAACAGAGGCCAGAUGUUCCAGAAGCCAUUUCAGAGAUACGACCCCUCCUCAUAGUUACGUUCGUAACCGUAACUUCCUCCUUGAAGCCGUAACUCUUGUUAUACGGAAAGCUUGAACUGUUGUCAUUUUGAGGAAGUUACGGGCUAGCAAGCAGAGUUACGAACGUAACUUUGCCUGUAACUUGGCCUCUAGAAUCUAUAUAAAUGCGUUUUGGGGGAUUUUGAAGGGGGAGAUCUUGGUUUUGGAGGAUUUCUUUGAGCUAUUUUGGAGGAUUUCUUCAUCAUUGGAGCUUGGGAAUGAAGCUUGGAGAUGGAGAUUGAAGAUCUAGAUCAGAUUUCUGAAUUCUCUCUCUUCUCUAUGGAGUAACUUCCCUUCACUUAGGUUUUGAGGAACCCUAGCCCUGUUUGUUUGAUUGGAUGAUUGUAUGAGUACUCUUACUUGAUAAUCUUGAGUUCAUUUUCAAUCUAUGCAUGUUUUCAUGAUUCAAUUCUUCUUUACUCUCGAUUAUUGAUUCUGCUUUGAUCCUAUGAGAGUGAAUACCUGAUUAGGUCAAUAGAGCACCAUAAAUUGAUAGUAUUGGAUCGAUUGCUUUAGUAUAGGGUCGAUUCACAGUUUUGUAUCGAUUGAGAACCUCAUUCAAUAGAGGGAAUCUAGUUCAGAAUGCCUUGAUCAGUUGUUCUAGAGAAGGAUAUGUCCCUCUAGGCAAUCGACUCAAGAGGGCCUUGAAUUCCUUAGUCGAGAUUCAAGGUCUAGUCAAGGAUUCUCCGCAUUGUAAAUGAAAUUGAAAUAAGUUAGAGAUCAUUAAUCACUAAUCUUGCUAGUGGCUAGGGGGAAUCAUACCUAAGUGACUUCCCAACCUCUAAUUAGAUUAACUUUAACUCUUGUUUGGUAGAGUAGUUUUAGUUCUUCUAUUUUAAUCUGGUUUGCUAGAUAAUAAAUGAAAGCUUAGUAUAGUAACUCUAGAGAUACGUGGAUUUGAUAUUUAUUACUUGUGCCACUAUAUUGCAGUCCUUUUCAUUGGUUACACUUGGCCAUUGUUAGGAGUUGUGUUUCAGCGAGUCAAGUUUUUGGCACCGUUGCCGGGGAAUUACUAGAUUAUUAGGAAAGGAAAAAGUUCAUUAAUUUAGCUUUCCUUUCUUUUAAUCGUUUUUUUCCACCCUUGCUUAUCACUUGGGUGUCUUUGUUUCUGUUGGUGCAGUUCUGAGUCAUGGAUCCUAAUGGCUUCUCCAACCAUUGGGGGGUAACCACCACCACCCGAGGGUAUUACCUGAAGACUCCCUUGAGCAAUCUAGGGGGAGAAGACUAUGGAUUCGGAUUUUAGUACAAACCCCCUACUACGAAGAACAACCUGACCCUUUGACAUUUCAAGAACAGUAUCCUUAUCAAGAAGAAAUCCACCCACAUCCAGAGGGGCCAUCGGAGCUGGAGUUAGCCAUGGCGGCCUUCACUGGCCAUUAUGUAGAGCCAAGCUGCAAUCCACAACCAUAUCUAAACUAUCAAUUGAGAAUUAUCAUAGAGUGGUUUUCUCGGGGCACCGAGAGAUCCCUCCGCAAGAUGGACCUUUUAUUCCAAUCCAUUGCUCCUCCAACCUCUUCAUUUCUCCAUGAAUCGGAGGAGACUGUUCCGCACUCAGCAAAGCAAAUAGAGCGGGUUGAGCAAGUUUGUGCACAGUUUUUUAAGAUCACCUUUCUGCUACCAUAGAAGAAGAUGAGGAGGAUGAGAAGGCUACAAGGACAUUGUGGAGCAGACAGAAGUUUUCACGGAGAGCUUCCGUGAUGAUCAUGAUUAGGAAUAUCCUUUUGUAGCCGACCACACCUUUCCACAUCCCGCACCGAGUUUUGCUUGGCGACUUGCUCUCCAAUCCGUUCUAGAAGAUGAAGAGCGAGAAAGGAUGAGGAAAGAAGUUGUGGAGGAUGAAGAAAGUGAAUCAGAGGCAUUCUUGAUCCUUUCCAAGGGAGGAGUCAAAUUCUGAGGAAUGAAGGGGGUUGAAGAAGCAACUGGCGUCCAGGCUGAGAACAAAGUUGAGGGGGGAGAGGCUUGCACCGGCCAUGCGUUACAUGUGAUAUCUCCAUCAAACUACGAGGAGCUGCUUCGCAAGGACCCAUUUGCAGUGUCUCUUUGCCAGACCAAGGCUAGAUCGACAUCAGCCCCUCUUGGUGGACGCGAUGGUGGUCAAUUGAUGCUGUCAUAUAUGGUUUGGGGCAAUGAGACAAGAGAAAAAGAGGUCUUGAUGGUGGAGACUUCAUCUGCAAUAAGUGCACGAGCCUACAUCGCUUGAUACAUCACUUGCUCGUGACUUGAGACUCCACCUCAUCGACGAGAACCUCAACUUUAAAUUGGUUCUAGCAUGGAUCGAAACUUAGGAUCCACCAUUCGGCUCACAACGUGAAAGAAGCGCUUGUUGGGAGGCAACUCAUCCAGUCGGUUUGCAUUUCUUUCCCUAUUUCUCUUCAAUUGAGUCAGUUUUGUCUUUGAUUUUAGAGUCAAUAAAUCAACCUCUGUGUGAAAAUGUGUGGUGUUUUUGUUUUGAAUGCUCUCUCUACUCACCUGGAAUGCACCGCUUGCCGCAUCCACCAUCAUUCACAUUUGAUCUGGUAACUUUAUUAUACCAUGUUUAUCUUUCCUCCAUUGAGGAUAAUGUCGUGCUUAAGUGUCGGGCGGUGUUCCAUUAUGUCUGUGUGUGAAUGUUUGGUUGUGUUUAUGUGCUUGGAGCCGAUAUGAGGGCUCCAAGUUCGUGUUCCUUGCAAUUUUUUAACCUGCUCAUUAUGCUUUGAAUUGAAUGUCUUUAUAGUUCUAUGCAACCUAGGGAUGGUAGUGUAGCACUAUGGAGGAUGUUGAAGUAUAAGAUCUUUCCUAUCUUUAUUUUUGCUGUGUCGAUUGAUUGUGUGAAUUAGUGGAUUUAGGACCUUUGAUUCAUGUGGUAUCGAUGACUCUCUUUAUGUUGUUUGUGGACUCAUGUAUCGUAAAAGGGUGCUCAUUGUGCAUAAUGGAAAAAGCAGUUGGUCCUCCAUGCAAAAAAUUUGAAAUUUUAAACAUGGGGUAAGCCCAAUGUGUGUGGCACCGUUCAUUGCACAAAAUCGGGUUUUGGAAGAGAUUUUAGUGAUCCUUAGUGGGGUAGGCCUACAAGGUGAAGCUAAGCGGUCUCUAGUACAAGCAAAAAUUCCACCCGUUGAAUGGUUUGCCUACUUGAGGAUGUGUUUUUAAGGGCACGGAUAGAGCUUCCCACCCCCCGUAAUUUCAUUGGCCCUCCGCACGAAGUGAGGAAAAGGAGUUAAAAGAAGUAUUCUGGCGAGCGACAAAUGUACAUAAAUUGAUCUUGCUCACCUAAUAAGGGUCGAUCGUGCAUAAAAACUACAGUUUGGA